ACAUUUUUUGCGUUACCAAUUCGAUAUUCUUGUUGUUGUUAUUGUGAUUUGUCUACGUGAAUUGUAAACUGUGGAAAGAAAAUGAAUGAAUUGUCUCUCUGUUGAUUAUGAGCCAUCUGCAGUCGCAGCACUAUUUCAACUCCAAGGAAGAUUACGGCGCCACACUCGACGGCCUGAGCAAAGAAUUCGAUGAGCGUUGGUCUCAUCAAACACCAUCGCCAUAUAAUAAUCUAGAAAACUAUAUACAACGAGCAGUCCUUGGCUAUGGCAGUUUUGGUACUGUGAUGUUGGUCAAGGAGAAGACUGGCAAGAAUUAUUAUGCUGCCAAAAUGAUGAGCAAAGAGGAUUUGGUACGUCUUAAACAGGUGGCACAUGUGCAUAACGAGAAAACUGUGCUAAGUGCGGCACGUUUUCCAUUCCUUGUAUAUCUGGUGGACUCGUCAAAGGAUUUUGAUUAUUUAUAUCUCAUUCUGCCGUUUAUCAAUGGCGGCGAACUUUUUAGUUACCAUCGAAAAGUGCGCAAAUUCAAUGAGAAGCAGUCGCGUUUCUAUGGCACUCAAGUGCUACUAGCUUUGGAAUAUAUGCACCGCAUGAACCUAAUGUACCGAGACCUCAAACCCGAGAAUAUACUAAUCGAUUGCAAGGGUUACAUAAAGCUUACAGAUUUUGGUUUCACCAAGCGAGUCGAGGGCCGUACCUCUACUCUAUGUGGCACUCCUGAAUAUUUGGCUCCCGAGAUUAUACAAUUGAAACCGUAUAACAAAUCGGUAGAUUGGUGGGCUUUUGGCAUAUUGCUAUUUGAGUUUGUGGCCGGACGAUCGCCAUUUGCAGCCCAUAAUCGUGAUGUUAUUCUUAUGUAUUCAAAAAUCUGUUUAGGAGAGUAUAGGGUGCCGACUUAUUUUACGCCCCCAAUGAAGAAUUUAGUGGAGAGUCUUAUGCAGGUUGAUACCUCAAAGCGUUUAGGCAACUCAAACGAAGGUGCAAUUGAAAUUAAGAAUCAUCCUUGGUUCCAGGGUGUCGAUUGGUUUGCUAUGCUCAAUCAGGAGAUUAAUCCGCCCUAUAUACCAACUGUAUCGAAUAUUGAGGAUAUAUCGAACUUUGAUCAUUUCGAAUCCAAAUCAAAAGUGAAAUCCAAAAUAAAUCGUCAUCCCGAGUUGUUUAAUAAUUUUUAAA